GUUUGGGUGUUCCUGUUAUUCUGAGAAACUCAGAAGAAACUGAAUCCAGCGCAAGAGUAUUGAAAAAGCAGAUGAGACAAGUGAAGAAUCCUUUUGGGUUAGAAAUCCCUCAUCCUGCUACAGCUUCAGUAGCAAAGGGUAUAACACUGACACCUGAUUGUCUGGAAGACUGUGUUCUUACGUGCUACUGGGGCUGCAGCGUUCAAAAACUCCACGAAGCAUUGCAGAAACACGUCUACUGCUUCCGAAUAAAGACUCCUCAGGCAUUAGAGGACGCUCUGUACAGCGAAUACCUCUAUCGGCAGCAGCACUUCAUUAAAAAAAAUGACAAGGAAGAAAAAUAUUGUCAGUUACCAGAAGAUGCUCAAGUUGUUGAUUUUGGCCCAGUGCCUAGAUCUCGCUAUCCCUUGGUAGCAUUGUUGACGCUGGCUGAUGAAGAAGACAGAGAAAUAUAUGAUAUUAUUUCAAUGGUGGCUGUUAUUCACAUUCCUGAUGAGAGCUACAGACUUUCCUGCAGAAUAUUGUAUCAGUAUCUACUUCUAGCUCAAGGUCAAUACCAUGAUCUGAAGCAACUCUUCAUGUCUGCAAAUAGUACUGCACCGACUUCAAGCCAUACGUCCCCUGGUGAGAGAAGCACUGACAGAAGCUUGCUGGAAAAGGCCGGACUGGCCGAGGAUGAAACAGAAUUGCAUGAAGAAAAUAGUAAAGACUGUGUCGUUUGCCAAAAUGGCACAGUGAACUGGGUACUCCUGCCCUGCAGGCACGCCUGCUUGUGUGAUGGCUGCAUGAAGUAUUUUCAGCAGUGUCCAAUGUGUAGGCAGUUUGUUCAAGAAUCUUUUCCACUUUGCAGUAAAAAGGAGCAAGAUGAAGAUGAAUCGACGUGUAUCUUGCAAGAUGUUCUUCCUGGAAGAGUUUUUUAAUGAGGGGGAAAAAAAAAUAGAACUACUGAGUUGUAGGCACCCGAGAUUAAAUGUAGAAAACAGACUGUUUAUGGGAGGAUAUGUAGCAUUAACUUGUGUGGUUUUGCUUUUUAUUGUCAGGUAAUUUUCAGCUUCCUUAUUU